CCGUGUUGGCUUGACCGGCAGUGUGCGAGCGAGUGACAGGCGCAUCUAUGAUCCACACUCCGCACACACUCUCCGGCUACAGGCGGCGGGACAACGGGCCGUUCGUGAUCCGAGUGUAGGAUGUGGGAGCCGGCCUGGGCCUCCUGGUUCCCCCGCUGCCUGGUGCUCGUCCUCGCCGCUCAGAAGGCGGCUGGCGAGGACUCCGCACCGCGGCGAUGUGACGAGACGGACUACAUCUACCAGUACACCGAGUGCGACACCACGGGGUCACGGUGGCGGGUCGCCAUCCCACUCAGUCCUGGUUCCUGCUCUGACCUACCGCCCCCCAGCAGAGGAAUGGACUGCUCCUUCACCUGCUCAGCUGGAGAGUUCCUGGAGAUGUCCACGCAGUCGUGCACGCCGUGUGCUGCAGGCUCCUACUCGCUGGGCAGCGGCCUCCGCUUUGACCAGUGGGACUCCCUCCCGGCGGGCUUCAUCAGCAUCGCCAGCUUCCUGAACGCGCGGCCGCACGGCGAGGACACCCAGGCGUGUAACAGCUCCACGUGGACGCCGCAGGGGGUCUACCUGGAGUCCAACAGGGACGAGUGCACGGUGUCGCUGGUGUACGUGGUGCACCUGGAGAAGCAGGGCUCCGUGUCCUUCACCUACCAGUACCCCGACAACAACGUCUUCUUUGAGUUCUACGUCCAGAACGAGCAGUGCCAGGAUAUGAGCCAGAGCGAGGAGCAGAAGUGGUUGAAGGUCACCAACAACGGAGAAUGGGGCACGCAUGAAAUCAGCCUGUGGGCCGGGACCAACAUCUUGUACUGGAGAACCACGGGGAUCCUGGUGGGCGGGAAGCGGGUCAAACCUGUUCUACUACGGGACAUAAACAUAGAAGGUGUCGCCUACGGGUCCGAGUGCUUUCCCUGCAGACCUGGCUGGUUCAGCCCCGCCCCUGGCUCCGCCUCCUGCCAGCCUUGUCCCAGCAACACCUUCUCCAGCCGGGGGUCUCCGUCCUGUUCCCCGUGCCCGGAGAACCACUACUCGCAGGAAGGAUGGGCCGAGUGCAAGCUGAAGCUGCCUUGUUCCGAGAAGGACUACUUCCAGAUCCACACGGCGUGCGACAACGAAGGCAAGACACAGGCGGAGUACCGCUGGGUGGAGCCGAAGGUCUGCAACGAGAACGCCACCGACGCCGUCCCGCUGCCCAGCUCGGGUGAGAGGAAGCCGUGCCCACCGUGCAACCCGGGCUUCUACAACAGCAACGACUCCACCUGCCUGCCGUGCCCACCCGGGAGUCACUCAGACGGAACGUACGCAUGCACACAGUGCCCCGCAGGCACGGAGCCGGUUCUGGGUUACGAGUACAGGUGGUGGAACGUGCUGCCGUACAACAUGAAGACGUCCUGCUUCAACGUGGGGAAUUCAAAAUGUGACGGCAUGAACGGAUGGGAAGUGGCGGGCGACUAUGUCCGAAGCGGAGCCGGCUCGUCGGACAACGACUAUCUCAUCCUCAGCCUGCAUCUCUCUGGCUUCAAGGUCCCAGCCUCGCUGUCAGGCAUGAACAGCGGCGAGGUGGGUCAGAUCUCCUUCGAGUUCGAGACCGACUGCACGGCCGACUGCGAGUUCUACUUCAUGAUGGACGUGCAGAACAAGGGCACCACGGUGGUGGAGUCGUGGGAAGGCAGCAAGGAGAAGCAGUUGUACUCACACAGCGUGAGCCAGAAUAACUCCGUCACCUUCACCUGGGCCUUCCAGAGGACCAGUCACGCUCUGGAUGUGCGCCAUUUUGUCGGCGACAGCGUGAAGAUUUUCUCCAUCCACGUGACCAACGUCCUGGACGGCGUGGCGUCCGGAUGCCGGGCGUGCGCCCUGGUGCCGGAGAACUCUCAGCGCGCCGGCUCCUCCUGCGUGCCCUGCCCGCCGGGGUUCUACAUCAACGGCGAGACCAACCGCUGCAAGGAGUGCCCGCCCAACACGCACCUGGCGGGGCGCCACACCUACGGCCAGGAGGCGUGCGUCCCGUGCGGCCCGGGGAGCAUAAGCAACCAGGACCACUCGCGCUGCUACAGCGACUGCUCCUUCUCCCACGUGGAAAACAACCGCACCUUGACCUACGACCUCAGCGCCCUGAGCCGCGUGGCCUCGCUGACCCUCGACCCCAGCUUCACCACCAAAGGCACCAAGUACCUCCACCUCUUCAACAUCAGCCUGUGCGGCCACCAGGGCAAGAGAGCCGCCGUCUGCAGGAACAACCUCACCGACUUCAGCAGCGUCAUCAACAACGACCGAGGCGACGCCGCCCAGCUCGCCGACGCCGUGGACAGCUUCAUCUGCCAGUCCACCAUCAUCCCCGCGGAUGGGCGGGGCUUCAGGAUGCCUAUUUCCUCCCAGUCAAUCAGCCUGGCGGACAUUUUUCUCGGCGCCACGGUGGACGGCGUCCUCAACGGAGUGAGUGCUCAACCCGAUCUUUUCCCGCGGAACACAAACAACGUUCCGGAUAUCAACUUCUUCUUCAGGUCGACACAGGUGACAGCUUCCUGUGAACAAGGCCGUAGUUCCGUCAUGACGGUUCGCUGUAACACCAAGAAAUCCGAACGGGGCGAUCUCUCCGUGCCCAGUUCAUGUCCCGCAGGAACGUGCGACGGCUGCACCUUCCACUUCCUGUGGGAGAGCGCCAGUGCUUGUCCACGCUGCACGGAGAAGGACUAUCACCAGCUGGACGGAGCCUGCAAAGGCAGCAUCCAGGAAACCUUCUAUCUGUGGAACCAGCCGAAGCUGUGCACCAGGGGCGUGUCUCUGCCCGCCAGGAGCUCCGCCCCCUGCGAGGCCAUCGCCAUGAUGCUGAAGUUCGGGCUGGGCGGCGGAGCUUUCUUGGCUGUGCUGCUGGUCUCCCUCACCUGCUACUUCUGGAAAAAGAACAAGAGGCUGGAGUACAAAUACUCCCGUCUGGUGAUGACGGCCAACAAGGAAUGCGAGCUUCCUGCGCCCGACAGCUGCGGCCUGGAUGAGGGGGAGGAGCCUGAUGACGACGCCGUUUACACCCGAAAGCCAUCCCUGCUGGGGAAGCUCCGCGCCAUCGCCAAGAAGCACGGAGGAGGAGACAGCAGCGAGUCUGUGCAGCUCAACAGUUCCCAUUCAGACCGCUGGGUGCUGGGAUAGGACUCUGCUGACGUCAUCAAGCAAAUACUGGAUUAGGUUUGAGGCACAAGUGAUGAAACACUGGACCAGCUCUCUCGCUUUAAAAAAAAUAUAUAUGUUUCUUUUGUACAUUUUUAUUUGGGGUUUCUGUCGAGAGUCAUGUAUUUAUAUCAAUGUUUAUUAACUUUUAUUAAAGUCCUCUAUGUCUUUAGA